AUGGCGCCAGCACUCGAAGAACUGGAAUUUCCCUCAGCCACUGAAUUAUUAUUGACCCAGCGCAAUGGGACAUCACUUUCAUCGUUAGCUUUUUUUGACAAGAAUGGAAACCCGUUCUUGAUGGACUGCUCACACAGUAGCAGUGACAAGAGAACAUUAAAGCGGUGGUUUUUCAUAGACAAAAGAGUUGGUUGA